AGGGCGGGGGGAGGGGGCCCGGUCCUGGAGUGCGGGAGGCAGUGGCUGAGGGAGGUGGCGGUAGCGGACUGGAGUCUCAACCGCGCCAAGGCGGACACUUCGGUGGAGCGAGGCAGUAGGAACACGGAGCACCCAAGGCAGCACCGGGAAUCCCGGCUUAAAAUCCACCUCCGACUCUCAAGCCAGAGACUCAGCCACCGGAGAAACGGCGGAGAACAAUUGAGGAUUUCAACAAAUUCUGCAGUUUUGUCUUGGCUUAUGCAGGUUACAUCCCUCCUAGCAAAGAGGAAAGUGAUUGGCCAGCUUCUGGCUCUAGCUCGCCAUUGCGGGGUGAGAGUGCAGCAGACAGUGAUGGCUGGGACUCAGCCCCCUCGGACCUUCGAACUAUCCAGACUUUUGUUAAGAAAGCAAAGUCAUCAAAGAGAAGGGCAGCUCAAGCAGGUCCUACCCAGCCAGGACCCCCAAGGUCCACUUUUUCUCGCCUACAGGCCCCUGACAGUGCCACUCUGCUUGAGAAGAUGAAGCUCAAGGACUCUCUGUUUGACCUGGAUGGGCCCAAAGUGGCGUCUCCACUGUCUCCCACAUCCCUGACGCAUACCUCCCGGUCCCCUGCUGCUCUCACCCCAGUGCCACUUUCCCAGGGGGACCUUUCCCAGCCUCGAAAGAAGGACCGAAAGAACAGAAAGUUGGGACCAGGAGGUGGGACUGGCUUUGGGGUGCUUCGGAGGCCUCGACCGGCCCCUGGGGAUGGGGAAAAACGGUCUCGAAUCAAGAAGAGCAAGAAGCGGAAGUUGAAAAAGGCAGAUCGUGGGGAUAGACUCCCACCUCCUGGCCCUCCUAGGGCACCUCCCAGUGAUACAGACUCUGAAGAGGAGGAGGAAGAGGAGGAGGAGGAGGAUGAAGAAGAAAUGACAGCAGUGGUGGGGGGUGAAGUCCCAGUUUCUGUGCUCCCAACACCCCCUGAAGCCCCCAGGCCCCCCGUUACAGUCCACCCUGAAGGUGUUCCCCCUACUGACAGUGAAGGCAAGGAGGUGGGUAGCACAGAAACCAGCCAAGAUGGAGAUGCCAGCUCCAGUGAAGGCGAGAUGCGGGUCAUGGAUGAGGACAUCAUGGUGGAAUCAGGUGAUGACUCAUGGGAUCUGAUCACGUGUUACUGCAGAAAGCCCUUUGCUGGGCGGCCCAUGAUCGAGUGCAGCCUGUGUGGGACGUGGAUCCACCUCUCCUGUGCUAAGAUAAAGAAGACCAAUGUUCCUGACUUCUUUUAUUGCCAGAAAUGCAAGGAACUUCGGCCAGAGGCCCGGCGGUUAGGGGGUCUCCCCAAAUCGGGAGAACCUUGACAUCACUCUUGAGGCUGGAACUUGUGACUUUACUUGGGAACUGAGGCUCAGAGUCUUCAGCCUCUUCAAAGCAGGAAUUCCCGAGGGAGACUUGUUUGGAAUUGAGUGUCUUGUACGCUGUCCUUCCUGCUCCAUGGACUUGAAUUAGACCCAUUACAUCUGGGUCAGGGGAGGCUGGAUCUGUAGACAAGUCUCUGUCCAGUCAACCUACCACCCUUUGACUUUCAGGGCCAGGGCUCAAACUGGGAUGUAAUGGGAUAGUUGUCUAUAAAAUUGUAGUGUAAAUACAGCACUCCCUCAUGUUUUCUUCUCUCUCACUCCCAUUUGCUUUCUUCUACACCGGUUGUUUUUAAUUUUGGGCUCCCAUGUUUGAGCAAAGUGGUUGCUCAAAGGCGGAGUACCAUAGCUGGUGGAGUGGGGGAGAAAAGCAAAAAGGUGUCAAUUAUCACUAGCCUCAUUUUUAAUAAUAUUGGCUGGCUGCUUGUACAGACAGCCAGCGUGUUGUAAAUAAAGCAGAGUGGGCUCUUGUGUUUUACAA